AUGUUCGUGGUCAACGAUGUACUUCACACAAGAGCCAGUCAGAACCCGCAGAUGUCAAACACGAUUGGCCUUGUAACACAUAAGAACCAAUGGUCGUAUAGGUGUCCUGAUCCGGCGUUCUUAUGGACUCUGCAGAACCGAAGAUCUGGGAUAAUGCCAUCACGUGAGAACGCGUUGGUACUUUACGCCCGUUGUCGUGGCAACUCAAGCCGUGCAUUGACCACAAGCACGUGA